AUGGCUUCUGGUUUAAAAGUCGGCCAACGUAUCGAAGGGAAGGUGGGCACCUACGUCCUCUCAAAGCAACUUCAUAAAGAUAUCUGGACAGCUAUGUAUCAAGCUCUGCCCCUUAAUCGCUCCCCAUCGCACCUAACACUAAAUAGGAGUUCAAACUUGGGCAAGGUGAUCAUAAAGAGCGCACCUAAGUAUCGCUUGGAUAACGAACGUGAUGUCCUCAAGCAUUUUCAUGCCCGGCCAGGAAUUCGCCAGCUACUGGAUGAGACACAAGACCCACCAUCCCUAGUGCUAAAACACCUCGAUGAUAAUCUCUUAACUGCAUCAAAUUCGAAAAGGCUUGAAAACCCCGAAAUUAAGUUCAUCGCGAAGAGGAUCCUUGAAGCGCUACAAGCAUUCCAUGAGGAUGGCUACGUGCAUACUGAUGUCAAACCGGAUAACAUUCUCAUAAAUUAUGGCAGCGGGCCCCGUCGAUUGAGAGAGGUUGAGCUAGGCGACUGUGGCGACGCAUGUCUUGUGAACCCAAAAGAUCACCUGAAACUCGGAGAGAACGGACACCUGAUUGGAGCUCAUAUGUUCAGGAGUCCAGAGGCUAUGUUAAAUCUGAGAUGGGGCACUGCAACUGAUAUCUGGUCCUUUGGUACAACUGUGAGUGACUUAGAUCUGCGUCACUGCAGUUUUAUAGUACCGAUCGUCUCGCUGACCUUUUUGCAGCUCAUAAGCCUAAUAUGGGGAUUAGGCUGGCAUAUCUUCAAGCCCGAUCCUAAGGAUGCUGGACCAGACGAUGAGGCAUAUCCUAACCAUGUUCUAGUGAAGCAAAUUGCAUUUUUCGGGCCUUUUUCACUAAGCUACUUUGAUAUUCUUCCAAAAGAGGAUGAGAGAUGGGAAUUUAUAGGUGAUGCUACACAGUACAUUAUAGACCAUCAAAAAUGGAAGCCUUUUGCUCAGGCGGAGGAUAAGGAACUUGCUGAGGAAGAUAGGACGUUCAUUUGUAAGAUUAUGAAGCUGGAUCCAAGGGAUAGACCAACGGCAAAGGAACUCUUGCAGGAUCCGUGGCUUGGAGAGGUAUAA